UUCUUCCCCCACUUCUCCCACAAGAAAAAGUUGAAUCAUGGACACCACCGGCGCCACAGCAGCCGCCGCCGGCGCCGGCGCCGCCGCCUUCUCCGGCAGCGGCAUCAGCGCCGAGGAAGAGCAGGCCCGCAUGGCCGCCAUGGUCGAGAAGCUGCAGGCCAGAGACGCGCUCCGGAUGUACACCUGGCUCUCGCAGCGGUGCUUCUCCGACUGCGUCUCCACCUUCUACCGCAAGACGCUCGGCAAGGGCGAGGGGGCCUGCGUCCGCGCCUGCGUCCGCAAGUACCUCCUCGUCACCACCGCCUCCGCCGCCCGCUUCGCCCAGCUCGCCGACCCCUACGCCGCCGUCGCCGACGAUGACGACGACGACCAAGACUGACUCGGGCGGCAACUCUGCCGUGGGAGGGAGGGAUUUUUUCUGUGUCUGCUCUUGUUAAAUCUUACUAUGCAGUUAAGAGAGAGUAGCUUGUGAUACCUGAAGAACCACACUAGCAGUAGCAGGCUAGAAGAAAACCACGGAUUCUAUGAUGCAGUUUUUCAGCGGCUGUAAACAUGAAUGUUUUGCAAGCUUAGUAUGGAAUGAUGAAUCUUGCCUUCA